AAUCUCUAUUAGUCUAUUGUGAACGUUUGUUGAGAUUUCGGAUUUAAUUGCUUAUAGUGUAAAUAUUGAAACAUUAUCUUUUAUAUUUGGAUGAGAAAAAUAAUGACCAAUGGACGCAGCCGUAGAGACUAUUGAAAAUGAAAACGAAAAUGAAAAUAACAGAGAAAAUCAAGCUUUAAUAAAACCAGGUGGUUUAGGCAUACGACAUUUGCAAUAUGGGCUUAUGUUCAGUGGUGCCAUAGUUGUAUAUGGCAUGCGUACUGUUCUUAUGGUUGCAAUCGUUGCUAUGACUGCAGAUUAUGCAGAAAACAGAACAUAUCCAACAUAUCCAGACUGGAAAGAUAAGAAAAACGUUAUUCUAUCUUCGUUUUCUUGGGGCCACGUAUGGUUUCAAAUAGGUGCUGGACAGCUAGCUAAAAAUUAUGGUCCAAAAUAUUUUCUCACCGCUGCUAUUGCGAUCUCAGCUACAUGUAUAUUAGUAAUACCCAUGUCCGCGGCGGAAUUUGGAUACCAAAGUAUAAUAGCCUUAAGAGUUAUCGAAGGAGCUUGCCAUGGAGUUCUGUUUCCUUCGGUGCAUUAUUUGCUGAGCAAAUGGGCGCCUAUCUCAGAGAGGGCACAAUGGGGAGGAUUUGUGUAUGCAGGACAAGUCUUGGUAAUUGCAUGUCAAUGCCAAUAGCUGGAAUAAUAUCUGAUUCAGACGCUGGUUGGCCGAUGGCCUUUUACUUUUAUGGGGUUUGUGGAAUGGUGUGGACUCUACUAUGGUUUAUAUUCGGAUCUAAUAAUCCUGAUAGUGACAAAAGAAUAUCGGAAGAAGAAAAGAUGUGGCUUAAAUCUCUAAUACCAGAUAAAAAGGAAGAGGUACCUCCGACGCCUUGGAAAUCUCUUUUUACCUCAGUGCCUUUUAUAGCCAUAAUAAUUACUCACUGUGGACAAAACUGGGGAUUUUGGACCUUAUUGACGGAGAUUCCUAGCUUUAUGAAGUCUGUUAUGAAAUAUUCAAUAGCAAAGGGUAGUGUACUGGCAGCCCUACCAUAUUUCAUUAUGUGGUUAACGAGUUUAUUCUUAGGACCAUUAGCUGAUUUUAUAAUAGAUAGAGGAUAUGUUAGUCUAAUAAGAAGUAGAAAAAUAUUUAACUCUAUUGGUUUCUUUAUACCGGCUUUGGCUCUAAUAUCAAUUUCAUUUAUACAAAGCGAUAAUAAGUGGUUAAUAGAGACAAUUCUAGUAAUAACAGUGGCUUUCAAUGCUGGACACUACAGUGGAUUUAACAUUAAUCAUAUUGACUUGUCACCAGUUUUUGCAGGAACUAUGAUGGGUAUAACCAACACGAUUUCUGCGCUUUUCACUAUUAUGGCACCCCUAGCAGUAGAUGCUGUCAAGUACCUUUCGAAUUAUACUGAGGAGGAUAAGGAGCUAUGGAACAUUAUAUUUUCUGUCUCGGCAGGAUUUUAUAUUACUGCUGGAAUUACCUUCAUUCUAUUUGCUUCUGGAGAUGUGCAACCAUGGAACUAUUACAAGAAAUCUAAUACUGUACCAUAAAUAUGUUAUUUAUUUUUG